GUCCCCUACCCUAAAUUUUCUCGACUCUCACAACGUCGAAUAGCCCGACAUAAUGGCCCUCCAGAUCCAGGAGUCGCAAGGGUCAAACCUCACGAUGAAAGUUUUUGUGGGACACACAAUAAUAAGUAA